AUGCUAUCAACAAGUAACCUCCUCUACUCGAUAGCAGCCUUUGCUGCUGUAUUUGACUGCGCCUACUCCCUGUUGGACACCAGUUCCUCAUCCACGGUCGCCGUGUACUGGGGUCAAAAUUCUGGAAACACAGGCCAACAACGUUUGAGUUAUUACUGUGAUAAUCCGAAUAUCGAUGUGUUUCAACUGGCCUUCGUUACACGAAUUUCUGGUGCAGCUGGUCUGCCGGAACUCGAUUUUGCCAACCAGGAAAGCCAGUGCACUGUAUAUCCUGGCACGAAUCUCCUAAACUGUCCUCAGAUCGGAGAAGAUAUCAAACGAUGUCAGCAAAAAGGAAAGACUAUCCUUAUCUCUAUCGGCGGAGCAACGUCACCAGAACGUGGUUUCGCUUCGGAGGCGGCAGCCAUCGAAGCCGCCAACAAGAUGUGGCAGAUCUUCGGACCCGUGGACGCGGGUAACACGGCAUACCGACCAUUCGGAGAUGCAGUCAUCGACGGCUUUGACUUCGAUUUCGAGACCAGCGUCACAAAUAUGGUGCCCUUUGCCAAUCAGCUACGCCGCUUGAUGGAUACUUCUGCGGGCAGAAGAUACUACCUGACUGUUGCGCCGCAGUGCGUGUUCCCCGACGUAGCAGAUCAGGAGAUGCUGAAUGGAGCUGUUGCGUUUGAUGCGAUCUGGGUGCAGUUCUACAACAAUUACUGUGGCGUGAAUGCAUUUUCUUUUGGCUCUAUGCAGCAGGGCGCUUUUAACUUUGACCUAUGGGACGCAUGGGCUAAGAGCCAGUCCAAGAACAAGCAGGUCAAGGUCUUCAUCGGUCUGCCGGGAAAUGUGGCUGCAGCCGGAACUGGCUAUAUUGGUGCUGAGCAGCUCAGGGAAGUUGUCGCUUGGAGCAAGGCAUUCUCGAGCUUCGGAGGUAUUAUGGUAUGGGACGCAAGCUCGAUGUAUGCGAAUCAAGGAUAUCUUGAAUCGGUGAAGAAGACGCUCAUCGGAUGA